ACAGGGUUGUUAUGACUUUAUUAACAACUACGCUAUUUACCAUGUUUACACAAUUAUAGGUCAAGAUAAUAAUCGUGUACGCUGCGAAAAUCUUCGAUUUCCUCUGUAUUUUCGAUGGAAACGUCGGAUAUCGGGGAGCUUAAAGGUUGCCAAGUAAACUGACUGGAAAAAAUAUGUGAUAUACCCGUGAAAUUUCUGAAAAGUGAUGGCUUCUAUUUGUCGUCGCUGGAGACUAUGGAUUUUACCAGUUUUAACUUGUCUCUAUGCUCUUCUGAUCAUUAUUUUGGUUCCAAUUCUCUUGGCCAAUUCAAUUAAGAAUGGCUUCGAAAAUCAGGAUCAAGGAGCACUGGUGGGUGGUGCCUUUGUGCUACUUGCCUUGCCUAUUGCUUUCUAUGAAAUUGUCCAACACAUGAUAUAUUAUACACAACCUAGACUGCAGAAAUACAUUAUAAGGAUAUUAUGGAUGGUACCAAUUUAUGCAGUGAAUGCUUGGCUUGGUCUGGUUUAUCCAGAAGGCAGCAUAUACGUUGACAGUUUGAGGGAGUGUUAUGAGGCAUAUGUAAUAUACAAUUUUAUGAUGUAUUUAUUGGCCUACUUGGAUGCUGAUCGCCAACUGGAACACAGACUUGAAAUUUCUCCUCAAGUACAUCACAUGUUCCCCCUGUGUUGUUUACCUGAUUGGGAAAUGGGCAGAGAAUUUGUACAUAUGUGCAAACAUGGAAUAUUACAAUAUACUGCAGUUAGGCCUAUAACAACUUUGAUAUCUUUUAUCUGUGAACUAAAUGGAGUGUAUGGAGAAGGUGAAUUCAGAACAGACGUAGCUUUUCCAUAUAUGAUUGCUUUAAAUAAUUUAUCACAAUUUGUUGCUAUGUAUUGUUUGGUGCUUUUUUAUCGCGCCAAUGCGGAGGCUUUGAAACCAAUGAAACCAAUCGGGAAAUUUUUGUGUAUCAAAGCGGUUGUAUUCUUCUCCUUCUUUCAAGGCGUGCUAGUUGCAUUGUUAGUGUAUUUUGAUGUGAUAUCGAGUAUUUUUAAAACGAAUAACAUGGAAGAUAUCAGAAAUAUAUCAUCUAAGCUGCAGGACUUCUUAAUCUGUAUUGAAAUGUUUAUGGCUGCAGUGGCUCACCACUACAGUUUUACAUACAAACCUUUUGUAAAUCUAGCACAGGGUCAAGCAUGGUGGGAUGCAUUCAGAGCAAUGUGGGACGUCUCAGAUGUCCACAACGACAUCAAAGAACACCUUGGGGUAGUAGGAUCUUCAUUAAGCCGUAGGAUACGUGGUCGAAGCGCUUAUCAACAGGCCUGGGGGAGCGCGACAGAACGCACGUCCCUUCUUCCAGAAGCUUCAGUAACCACAGCCAGAAGUGCGCCAGCAUGUUCCUUUUCUAGUUACAAUACAGCGGAGAUGGAACAGAACGGUGCGGAUGGUCCCGUUGAGCUAAUUCCGGACGUGCAGGAUACUAGUAACGCGGUGAAGACGUAAUCAUGUAAUGUUCUCUUAUCACAGAGAGAGGAACGUUUAAUCAAGGGGUACACUUCGUCUGGAAUAUAGCACACUUUAAUUAAGAUUGCUCCAUAUCGCUAGUAUAACCUUUAAGCAGAGCGAGAAAAGUUUGAAAAAAAUAUCUAGUUUUACAAAACGUGCGUUCUCCCCCGUGUACUGUACAAAUUGCUCAUCCUGAAUCGUUGAACGACACACUCAUUAUUCCCGGGAGAGACGACACGACAUGAGAAUACCAUAUUACAAUAAGGGAUUUGAUACACGUGGCCAUGUUUGCAACACGAGACAGAAGUGUCGUUUUACCUCGUCCAUUUUAAGAAAACGCUUUUUUCCUCCUUGAUUUGCGGCCAAUUACGCGACGCCUCGUGUUACCAAUGAUGUAUUACCAAAUAAUUGUACAUAUAUAUAUACAUAUAUAUAUACAUAUAUAUAUAUACAUACAAUAAUGUUUAUACUUAGAACAAUAUAUCGGUACAGUCUUAUUUAUAAACGUGUCACACUAUUUAUUGCUGGUUUAUCGACCCCAAUAAGUGUACCACGGAGUUAGGCAUUAUUCGGAGAAGACUUUUAUCAUCGCGAAAAGUCUAAAUUUCCAUGUUGUUCGUCUUGUAUUUAUUAAACAAUUGCUCGUCUGCUUAUUGAGUAUAUAGAAUUCUGCCCAACUCUGAAUGCCGAGUGUACCGUAAAUAACGAGGAGAGAAACAUUCCUGCCAAAUGUACAUGAUUGUUUAAUUUUGUAUUAACUACGUCGGUUAGAAGAUACAAAAUAGAAGCUCACAUGAUUUACAUGAUGAUAAAGCAAAAUACUCAAAUACAUAUGAUAUAUUAAUGCAUCGAUGGUCGCCAGAGAAAAAGAGAUAAAUAUUAUAAUGGCGAUAUUCACUAAAACCGUGCCGUUAAUGCGUUUGCAUAGUCAUAUCAAUAUAUUUCUCUUGUGUAAGUGGUGUUAAUUAUCAUAGAAGAGACGGUUGAUGAAUAUUUUAAUUUCGAACAAGCAAACAAUUUUCCUAGCCUUAAAAGAGUUUUAUAAAUGCUCAUAAGACGUACUAUGGAUUCUCGUGAGAAUAUUUGCGUAAAAAACGUACGAACUUGAAUACUUUAUCAGACGUUCGGACCAAAGAAUAGGGUAUAUUUUAUCUCGAAGUUAAUAUUGUUCAGAAUUAAAAAAAAAAAAAAGAGAAUUUAGAAGCAAAGUAGUUUUCCGGUUGACCUAGCAAUUUACAUCGUCAAUUAAAGAUCUUGAAAGAAAAUAAUAUUUUUAAUAUGUUUCUACCAUGUUACUUGUAACUUUGUGAUAUAUCUGGAACCACCAUUAAUCUCUAUUAUUAUCAAUUAACGAAGAAUAGAAAUAAAUUUCAACGAGAUACGUUGUACUCUUUUACCACGAGAAGAAACUAGGCAUAAAACGUGUAUUUUAAUAAUUCUUCAAGCUACUUUGUACUUUGUAUGAAGGCACAUUUCAAUUCCACAAGUACUUAACAAUCCUAUUGAGUGUUCAAUGGUAUAUCUUAUGGAACAAAAAAAACGUACUGAAAAUGGUUACUAUCGUAAAAAAAUUCGACAAGUAUGAUACAAAAUGUCUUUUAUGUUUUUUAUUAUUAAAUUUUCUUAACUUUUA